UAAAGCGGACAGGACAGGAAAACAAACCAUAAACCAUAUAAAUAUAAAACAUUUACAUAUAGGCCUAGCUGGAAGUGAGCAUAUAUUGAAUAGCCACCAGGGGGCAGUGCCGCUUGCUGCAAACAAAACUUUAUAAAGUCAGUAAACAUUACCCUGAGGAGUUACAGGUCUCCAUAACCAUUACUCAUCUUCUUCAGUAGAACAUUAAGACUUUUUUUCCCAAUUUGAGGCAAAACACAGUUGGCAUCAUUUAGGCUGCUCAGUAAGAGCAACCGAGGACAGAUUCCUCCUCUGAGACAGUUUCUCUACCAUUUCCAUCCAUAUUCACUCUUACUUUCUUCCACUAGGCAAAAAGGAGUGCAGCAGCAGCAGCAGCAGCAGCAGCAGCAGCAGCAGACAUCCCUCCUCCUGUGAGCUGAGUCCACCGACUCCACCGCCCAGACAGAGGAUGUUAUCUGAACCGUGGCUGGCCCUGCACAACCUGGCCUGUCUGAACAGAGCGUAUGAGGAGGGCAGGAGGGAGAAGAGGCUGCAGGAGGAAAACACAGAGCAUUUAAGACGUCGUGAAGAUGAGGGGAAAGAGGACGAGGAGAGGAGGGAGAGCACAGUUCACGCCGGGGAAUUCAGAGGCGCAGGAGACCUUCUGAGGGUCUCACAGUCACUCCUGUCCCUCACAGAGGUGAGGAGUUCUUCUCAGGUGACCUUCAGCAGACUGCUCUCAAAGACGGGUCAGAAGAGGAUCUCUGUGGAGAAGCUUCCCAUCGUCUGUCCAUCGCCUCAGUCCCACCUCCGCAGGAACACCCUGCCCUCCGUCACUGUGGCUCCGCCUCUGCUUCACCUCCCGCCCUUAGUCGACCAAUCGGACUCUCGCCGGCAGCUACCAGCGUGGGUUUCCCUCUCCAAAAGCAAGAGCAUGGCAUUCCUGCCUCACCCACCCAGCUCCUCCACGUCCAGAGCCUCCACAAGAGCUUCGCCGCUCCCUCCACUGGCCCUCUCCUCCUCCGUCUCCUCCCUGGUUGCUCCUCCUCCCUCCUCCUCCUCCAGGAGGUCACUGCGGCGUCACUCGGUGCAGCUGGUUCACAGCAGAGGGGAGCACGUCAACCACUUCAGCUUUUAA